UGAUGAGUUAAGCUAAUAAGUAGCUUUCUCUCAGCUGAGUCUGACAUGUUCUCAAGGUUGACCAGUAAUGUACCUGUGUGUGUCUCAGAGCUACAAGAAGUGUCGGAGCAUGCUCAGACUCAGUGCAAAGCGGAGAAACAAAGGCGCAAGGAGCUUGAGGUGAAGGUUGCCAGUCUGGAGGAGGAGCUUAUGGAUCUGCGAACUGAAAGAAAAAAUCUGGAGAAGAAUUUAGCAGAAAGGAAGAGGAAAGCAGUAACGGAGCGGCAGCGGGCGGAGGAGGAAAUGGAUGAAAUCCGGAAAUCGUAUGAAGAGGAACUGGGAAAAGUGCGGUCGUUGCUGAAGAAAACCCGAACAUCGACUGACCAGGCUGCAGCAGAGCAGGUAAAGGGACUGAUCCUGCAACAGACUGGUUUGUUCCUCUCUGUCAAUCUCAGCCAUUCAUAUCCAUGUUUAAUGUUCCAUGCAGUGGCCUGGGCUCAACUCUGGGUCUCCUCAGUAGUUUCAGAUCACGAACAAACUGCAUGGGAGGUUGAACUGGGUAGAUAA